GGAUGUCCCUGGGGUCCCUGGUGUCCCUUGGCCCAGUGGGCUCAGUUGGCGCAUCGCUCAUGGAGCCGCUGCCUUUCAACGUUCCAAGCGGUCGACUGGCUGGACGUCCACUGAGUACACCGGGAGCCAGCCAGCCAUCCGGAUGGUCUCAACAAAGCAAAGCUAGCAGUGGUAUGUGGCAAACACGCCUCUCCGCUCCAACGAUAGUCUUGGCGGGUCUGCUCAGCCGCCAUUUGCGAAGGAGGCACCGGGCAAAGCUUUGUGCCACCAAAGAUGAGGACACAUCGCUGUCGGAGUAUCAGUUGAAGCAAAAUCUGGAAAACCUUCAAAGGAGGAGCGAGAUGCUGCUUGAACAAUCAGGUGUUGGAAGCCCCGAGUUUGAGGCAGAUGCCAAGGCCAUUCGAGCGGAAUCCGAACUGCCGGAUCUUUGGAAUGACGCCUCUCAUGCGCAAAAGGUCAUGGCCAAGCUGCGGCGUCUCGAGGCUUCAGAGAAGCGGGUGGAAGAUUACAGCAACUUUGGCGACGAGGUGCAAACUGCUUUGGAGUUGGCUAAAGAGGCUGAAGUAGCUGGUGACAUGGAUGAGUCCUUGAUGCUCAAAGAAGAAGCUUCUGCAGCACUGGAACGCUGGGAGGGUGAGGUCUCCCAGGCUGAGGUGGAGUUGAUGAUGGGAGGCAAGUAUGAUGCCCACAGCUGCCAGAUCAACAUCUAUGCCGGAGCCGGUGGCGACGAAGCUUGCGAUUGGGUUUGCAUGCUGGAGAAGAUGUACACAAACUAUGCUGAGCAAAAGGGCUGGUCUGCAAAACGUUUGAGCUUCACUGAAGGUGAUAUGCUGGGACUGAAGAGCGUUGAGUUUGAGGUUGAAGGCGACUAUGCCUUCGGCAUGAUGCAGCGUGAGACAGGCACCCACAGGUUGGUUCGCAUUUGGAAUGGCAAGCGCCAGACCACUUUCGCAGGAGUGGAGGUGGUGCCUGUUUUGCCAGACGACACUGUCGGUGAUCUAGAGAUUGACCCCAAGGAUCUGCAGUGGGAGACCUUCAGAUCUGGGGGCAAGGGUGGUCAGAACGUGAACAAACUUGAGACAGGUGUUCGGGUGAUUCAUGUCCCGAGCGGGAUCCGUGUGAGAUGUACAGCUGAACGCAGCCAACAGGACAAUCGCUCCAAGGCUCUUGCCUGGCUGAAAGCAAAGCUGCUACUCAUCCAGGAACAGCAGAAGGUACAGGAGUUGCAAGCGAUCCGGGGCGACCUUGUCUCCGCGGAGUGGGGUGCACAGGUCCGGAACUAUGUGCUACAACCCUACACUAUGGUGAAGGACGUCAGAAGUGGCCACGAGCGUGGAGAUGCAGAUCGAGUUCUCAACGGCGAUCUGGAGUCUCAUGUGGACGCCCUGCUGCGGAUGGGAGCCAAUUCGAAAGCCGCGUGACGCCGCGGCGUCCGUUUCAGCAAGAAUUUCGCAGCUUUUUACUGGGUAUGAGUCAGAAUUACUGGAUUGCC